GUUGGAACCAUGAUAAUAACAAUCAGAAAAGUACAGUGUACAGUGCGGCGGUGGAAGAAUUUUGGAGUAAUUGCCCAAUAUGGCUUCGAAAGAAAAUAAUCUUCCAACUCUUUACGCUGAAUUAAGUAAAUUAGGAAGAAAUGGAGAAUACGAAAGAGCUUUAAAAACUGCCAACCGAAUUUUGGGAAUUUCCCAAGAUGAGGAAGCUGCCAUUCAUUGCAAAGUCAUUUGCUUUUUGCAACUGUCAAAGUUCAACGAAGCCCUUCAAUUUAUCAUUAAAAAUUCCAAGCAAUCGAGCAGUUUUGAAUUCGAAAGGGCUUAUUGCCUUUACCGUCUUAAUCAAGUUCCCGAAGCCUUAAAAAUCGUUGACAACAUACAAAAUCCUUCGCUCAAGAUCAAGGAAUUGAAAGCCCAGAUUUUAUAUCGUCUUGAAAGAUAUGAAGAAUGUUUCGCUGUCUAUCGUGACAUCAUUAAAAAUUCUAACGACGACUACGAGGAUGAGAGGGAAACUAAUCUCGCAGCAGUUCUCGUCAACCUGCAGAUCAAUGGCUCGGAAAUAGAAGUUCCAUCAUUGCGUGAGCACACUUACGAAUUGACAUACAAUGCAGCAUGUAAAAUGGUGGCUCAAGGAAGCAACGGUGAUCGAGCAAUUCUCGUGGAGGCUGAAAAGAAAUUACGAGCAGCAGAAAAAAUGUGUAGAGAGAGUUUGGAAGAGGAUGGAAUUCCGGAAGACGAGAUCGAAGAUGAGCUCGGAAUAAUUCGCGUGCAAUUGGGUUAUUGUUUGCAGCUCCAGGGUCGUGAGAAAGAAGCGCAGAUUCUUUACACUAAUGCGCUCAAAGCAAAACCAGACGAUAUUGCUCUCGUUGCUGUCGCGAGCAAUAAUCUCGUAACUUUGAACAAAGAUCAAAAUGUUUUCGACAGUAAAAAGAGAAUGAAAAGCGCCACUCACGAAGGCCUCGAACACAAGCUCACGUCGAGGCAAAGAAGAAGCAUCGCUUACAAUCAAUGUCUUCUUGCGAUGUACACGAAUCAAAGCGAGCAUUGUCAUCAGCUUUGUAAAAAAUUGGUGAAAGAACAUCCUGAGCUGGCAGCAGAUGUAACAUUCGUGCAAGCAGUGCAGUUGAGCAAAGAAGGCAAAGCGAGUGAAGCUGCAGAUUUGUUGUCGGGGUACGCGACCGGUGAAAACGAGCUUCGAAUAAAAUUGGCUUCGAUUCAGUUGCUUCUGAGUCAAAACGAGAGGAAAAAAGCAAUUGCGAUCUUGGAAAAUCUAAACGAGAAAGAUAAGUCGCUUCCGGGGAUCGUGAGUGCUCUGGUGACUUUGCAUAUGGCGGAGAACGAUCGCGACAAAGCUUCGUCCGUGCUGAAAGACGCGGUUAACUAUUAUAAGAAAAAUAAGGAAAAUACUGGAAAUCUAGGAACUUUGUGGCGACAAGCUGCAGAUUUUCAUCUCCGUGGGGGCGAAGUUACUGUCGCCGCUGCAAGCCUUGAAGCUCUCCUCGAAGCCUCACCCUCCGACAAGAAAACACUCGCUCAACUCGUCAUUGCUUAUGCUCAAUUCUCACCCGCCAAGGCUCAAGCGCUUUCCAAACAAUUGCCACCUCUUCAUGAUCUUGCCGAGACCACCGACGUCGAUAGUCUCGAGAGCAGCAACUGGGUCAUUGGCACUAAAGUUGUCAAACGCAAGAUCGAACCUUCUCCUGGGAAACCUGGAACGGAUUCAACCCAAAAAAAACGUAAGAAGCGUAAGCGCAAGGGCAAACUGCCCAAAAACUACGACCCAAGUAUUGGACCGGAUCCUGAGAGGUGGUUGCCGCGGCACGAGAGAAGUGGUUUCCGGAAAAAGAGGGACAGGAGAAACAGGGAUGCAGCGAUGAAGGGCACGCAGGGAGCGGCUGCAGGAGCGAGUGACUUGUAUGACAUAACGAAAAUGCCAGUAAAUGCGAAGCCGUCGCCGAACCCGCGACACAGCCCGGCCGUCGAACCAGCGGGACCUCGACAGCAGCAGCGCAAAGUUCAGCAAAAGAAGAAAAAGAAGGGUGGAAAAUGGUAAACAAAGAGCAUGAAAAAUCAGGAGGAAAACUUUGCGCAAUUCUUAACGUUUCGUAAUAAAGAAAAACUACGAGAAA